AUGCUUACCGUACAUCAUAUGUGCGUCUCCCAAUCGGAGCGCAUCGUCUGGCUCUGUGAAGAGUUGGACAUCGAAUAUGACUUGAAACUACACAAGCGGAGCCCAAUGUUCUCUCCACAAGAGCUCAAAGACCUCUACGAGAUAGGCACAGCUCCCGUCAUCCAGGACGGCGAUCUGACCAUGGGAGAGUCUGCUGCUUGUGUCGAAUACAUCAUUCACAAAUAUGGCAACGGUCGUCUCGCUCUACCACCAACACACCCAGACUAUGCCAACUAUCUCUACUGGUUCCACUAUGCAAAUGGUUCUUUGCAGCCCGGUGUGAGCCGCUGCAUGUCUAUGAAGGUCGCUGGUCUCGACUCAUCCAACGACGUCUUCAAACGCUAUCAAGAAAGGCUGGAGCUCUACCUGCGACACAUGGAUGGCCAUCUGGGCCGCGGCAAUGAAUGGCUGGCAGGCAAGGAGUUUACUGCUGCAGACAUCAUGACCGUAUUCACCCUCACCACCAUGCGUACAUUCUAUGGCUAUGACUUGAGCUCAUACAGCAACAUUUUGGCCUAUCUGAAACGGGCUGUUCAAAGACCUGGCUACAAAAGCUAUCGCGAGAAGGGAGAGUCCAACCUUCCUCUCAUGAUAGAUGGACCCGCUCCUGAGAACUUCAUCGAAAAAUUGAAGGCAAAGUCCAAGGCGUAA